AUGCUUGGUUCAGUCGUCGUUCUCUCGAUCCUCGCCGCCCAAGUGCUUGCCCACUACACGUUCCCCAGCCUGAUCGUCGACGGCGUCAAGACCGAGCCGUGGGUCAACGUCCGCAUGACGAACAACCACUACAGCCAGGCCCCCGUGACGAACGUCACAAGCCCCGACCUCCGCUGCUACACCUCAUCCACCAACGCCACCGCACGCACCAUCUCCCUCCCCGCCGGCGCCCCGCUCGGGCUCGCCUGCGACCAGACGCUCUACCAUCCGGGCGUCGUCAACGUCUACAUGGCGCGCGCGCGCGCACGCACCGACGUCGCGCAGUGGGAUGGCGACGGACAGGUGUGGUUCAAGGCGCACGAGAUCACGGCGGUGACGGAUGGGGGGAAGAGCAUCGCGUGGCCCGCGCAGGGCUUAGGGAGCGUGAACUUCACGCUGCCGCGCGCGCUGCCUGCGGGGCAGUAUCUGGUACGGGUGGAGGCGAUCGCGCUGCAUGAGGCGGAGCGGGUGGGUGGGGCGCAGUUCUAUAUCGCGUGUGGGCAGAUCAACGUCACGGGCGGAGGGAGCGGCAAGCCUGGUCCUUUGGUGGCCAUCCCGGGGGUGUACACUGGCAAGGAGCCGGGAAUCCUGAUCGACAUCAACUGGCCCAUUCCGAAGAACUACACCCAACCCGGCCCGCUCGUCUGGACUGGUUGA